GCCCGCGCUCCUCCUGCCGGCCGGGGAUUUUCCAGCCUGGGCGCUGUCGCCUCGGACCUCCUGCGGCCGCGGCGGACCAUGGGCGACAAAGGGACGCGGGUGUUCAAGAAGGCAAGCCCGAAUGGAAAGCUCACGGUCUAUCUGGGAAAGCGGGACUUUGUGGACCACAUCGACCUCGUGGACCCUGUGGAUGGUGUGGUCCUGGUGGAUCCUGAGUAUCUCAAGGAGAGGAGAGUCUAUGUGACACUGACCUGCGCCUUCCGCUAUGGCCGGGAGGACCUGGACGUCCUGGGCCUGACCUUCCGCAAGGACCUGUUUGUGGCCAACGUGCAGUCCUUCCCGCCGGCCCCUGAGGACAAGAAGGCCCUGACGCGGCUGCAGGAGCGCCUCAUCAAGAAGCUGGGCGAGCACGCCUAUCCUUUCACCUUUGAGAUCCCUCCGAACCUCCCGUGCUCUGUGACAUUGCAGCCGGGGCCUGAAGACACAGGGAAGGCCUGUGGUGUGGACUAUGAAGUCAAAGCCUUCUGUGCCGAGAACCUGGAGGAGAAGAUCCACAAGCGGAAUUCCGUGCGCCUGGUUAUCAGGAAGGUUCAGUAUGCCCCGGAGAGGCCUGGCCCCCAGCCCACAGCUGAGACCACCAGGCAGUUCCUCAUGUCGGACAAGCCCUUGCAUCUAGAGGCUUCCCUGGAUAAGGAGAUCUAUUACCACGGAGAACCCAUCAGCGUUAAUGUCCACGUCACCAACAACACCAACAAGACAGUGAAGAAGAUCAAGAUCUCGGUGCGUCAGUAUGCGGACAUCUGCCUUUUUAACACAGCCCAGUACAAGUGCCCUGUGGCCAUGGAAGAGGCCGAUGACACCGUGGCCCCCAGUUCAACCUUCUGCAAGGUUUACACACUCACGCCCUUCCUGGCCAACAACCGAGAGAAGCGGGGCCUUGCCCUGGACGGGAAGCUCAAGCAUGAAGACACAAACCUGGCCUCCAGCACCCUGUUGAGGGAAGGAGCCAACCGGGAGAUCCUGGGCAUCAUUGUUUCCUACAAAGUGAAAGUGAAGCUGGUGGUAUCUCGGGGCGGCCUGUUGGGAGACCUUGCAUCCAGUGACGUGGCCGUGGAACUGCCCUUCACCCUAAUGCACCCCAAGCCCAAAGAGGAACCCCCACAUCGUGAAGUUCCAGAGAACGAGGCGCCAGUAGAUACCAAUCUCAUAGAACUUGACACAAACGAUGACGACAUCGUGUUUGAGGACUUUGCCCGCCAGAGACUGAAAGGCAUGAAGGAUGACAAGGAGGAGGAGGAGGAUGGUACUGGCUCGCCACAGCUCAACGACAGAUAGACUGGGGCUGGCCCUCCCUCCGGGCAGCUCCAGGGCCACGCUCAUGCACUAGGAUGCUUAUUUGUCUUCUUCCUGCCCUCGUUCCCCUCCCCCUUGUU